AUGGCCAUCCCACGGUUGAGGGUAAACGCGGCCUCCGAGGAGCGCCUCGUCCACCCGAAUCACAUCGUCUACCAGCGGAUGGAAGCCCUUGUGCAGCAAAUGCUCGACGCAGAAGCCGGUGUUCCCAUCAAGACCGUCAAGAGCUUUUUGUCCAAGGUGCCUUCGGUUUUCACGGGUCAAGAUCUCAUCGCGUGGAUCAUGAAGAACAUGGAAAUGAGCGAUUUGGCCGACGCCCUCCAUCUGGCGCAUCUGGUCGCCUCGCACGGCUACCUCUUCCAAAUUGAUGACCACGUGCUGACGGUGAAAAACGACGGGACGUUCUACCGAUUUCAGACGCCCUACUUUUGGCCGUCAAAUUGUUGGGAGCCGGAGAACACGGAUUACGCGGUCUACCUCUGUAAACGGACGAUGCAGAACAAGGCCCACCUUGAACUCGAGGACUUCGAGGCCGAAAACCUGGCCAAACUGCAGAAAAUGUUCUCCCGGAAAUGGGAGUUCGUCUUCAUGCAGGCCGAGGCGCAGUAUAAGGUCGACAAAAAACGGGAUCGUCUCGAGCGCCAGAUCCUGGAUUCUCAAGAGCGCGCCUUCUGGGACGUACACCGACCGGUGCCCGGAUGCGUCAAUACAACAGAGGUCGAUUUCCGAAAGCUAUCCCGAAGCGGCCGACCCAAAUACAGCCAGGGCCAACAUGCCGUCCUCAACAGCGCCAUUUCUCAAGGUGUCAGCCCGUACUCGAUCACGGCGGCCGUCGCGCACAGUACAGCGCCGUCAACGUCAAAUGGGACAACGAGCGCCCAAUCACAGCCUUCCACAAGCCAACCAUCAAGCGGGUCCAGCGGUUCAUUCCGGAAUAACAGCUACAACCACAGGCCGGGUCUGCGGCGAUGCACACAGGUGCAGGACACGUUGAAGCUCGAGAUUAACCAGCUAAACAAUCGGUUGUCGAAGAACGUGUUGCGGACGUCGAAAGUGGUUGAAAACUACCUAGCCUAUUUCGAGCACCGGCGGGUGUUCGACCCAUUCCUGACCGUGUUGGGCUCGACGAGCGACCCAUUCAAUUCACAGUACAAUCCAUGGAUCUCAGAUACCGUCGACUUUUGGCAGUACGAUAAAAUCACGGGCGACAUCUCGACGCGACGGUUGAAGCUGUGGGAGGAAUGCUUCGAGGAGCUGCUGUGCGACCCGUUGGGCCGGGAAACCCUGCAGAAAUUCCUCGACAAGGAGUAUUCCGGCGAGAAUUUGCGCUUCUGGUGGGAGGUGCAAAAGCUUCGAAAAUGUGCGUGCCGUAUGGUGCCGGUGCUGGUCACCGAGAUCUACAAUGAAUUUAUCGACAAGAAUGCUACGAGUCCGGUGAACGUGGAUUGCAAGGUGAUGGAGGUGACGGAAGAAAAUCUGAAGAACCCGAAUCGCUGGAGCUUUGACGAAGCGGCGGACCACAUCUUUUGCCUGAUGAAAAACGACAGCUACCAACGCUUCCUGCGCUCCGACAUCUACCGUGAUCUUGUGGCCCAGUCAAAGAAGAAGGCUCCAGUGAAGAUGUCGCGUGACAUCGGUAUCCGGUUCCCGAAUCUGCCCGGCUUCUCCGGGACCCGCUCGCUGCAGGUGCAGGGCAACAGCCCCCAAGCCCAACAACAACCACAACAACAACAGCAACAACAACAACAACCGCCACCUAAUGCCGGGUCCUCCUCCUGCUCCCCCACGAAUCCGUCGGCCGGUUUG